UCGAAUAAUUUACAAUUAUUUAAUCAAUGUAGAAGUACAGCGCGUAUUUGACCCCGUGUUCAAUACGUGUCUAUUAGUGUCCAAUAACUCUCAUUAUUAACACAAGCUAGUAGCAAAAAUGCAAAUCUGGCCUAUAAAACGUCACAAAUGAUAAAUAAACUUCUUAACCAAUUCUUUUCACAGUCACAAUUUAAGAUGUUUUCUUCAGUUUUUAUACAAAGAAUAACGUGAUUCUAGCACAUUAUAAAAUAUCUUGAAGUAUCCGGAUAAGGUGCAUGUUACACAAUACUCGUUGCAAAAACAAAUCUUCAGUCCUUCUAACGAUCUAUCAACUUCCUGUUAUAGACCAAUUACAGUGUUCUUCGUCAUGCUACUUUUUCAAUGCAUGAAUUAACAACCGAUAAACCAGAAUAUAUAUUGUCAUUUAUAGAACUACGAUGGCAACUUUAUUUUAAUUUAUUUGCCAGAGAAAUUAAGACAAUGCGCUGCGCUUCAUCAGUCAUAUGCCGUGCACCCUUCUGAUUACUAAUUCGUAAUUAGACAUGAAAGAAACCGCAGAAGAAAUUAAUUAUAGUUAUUGUUUCACAGACAGCAUGUGCACAUGCAACAUCGAGCCACAUAAGAGCCGCGAUCAUCGUGCUUAUUCGAGUUUCAACUGCUAACGUACUGAAAGCGAACACUGCCUCGGUGUGCAAUAUCUUCGUUAUCAUUGGAUUUAAUUGAUAAGUAUUUAGCUUGUCUAGAUUAUGACGUGUUCGUUAUGUUACGUCUUUGAGAUCAAUAGUCAGUUAUUAAGUUAAUUUUGAGUGCAACCUGUUCAGAUUCGUAGAGCAAAGCGUCAUAGUCGUGAUUCAACUGGCAAGAAGUACGAGUGAUACUUUAAAGAAUCGAUCUCAGUGGAAAUCGUGUAGUGCUCCUGCGUAAAGAAAUGGAGAUAGAAGAGAGAAUAGUUCACAAACGGUCUUUCCGAAGCUUUCUGCAACGCAUACCACAGCGUUUAUCAGAAGUGGUGGAACAUUUUUUCUAUAGACUCGGGUUGCGAAUUGCUCGACGACCGUUGAAAUGGAUAAUUGGAAGUACUGUGAUAGUAUUGAUUUCUCUUUCUGGUUUAUAUUUUUUUCAUCAAGAGAAAAAUCCUGUGAAAUUAUGGGUUCCACAGGACUCUGACUUUGUUCGUGACACAGAAUGGAUGUUCGAACAAUUUGAACAGGGUUUGAGAAUGGAGAAUAUGAUAUUAACUGCUGAUGAUGUAUUAGAACCAGAAGUUCUUGCAAGAUUAAAUGGAAUAACAAAGGAGAUUAUUUCUGUACAAACUUCUGAUCAAAUUGCAUGGACAGAUGUAUGUUUCAAAGUACCUGUCAUAUCAGGUAUUGUACAUAGAAAAAAGCGCAGCGAUCAACUGCUGACUGAUGAUUUCUUUGAAAUUGAACCAGACAAACAAAUUAAUAACACUGUAUUUGAACCUGCAGUUCAUGUUAGUCCUGAGCUCUAUUGUAAUGUAGUAAACAAUUUGCCAAAAGCUUGCCUUUUAAACAGUAUCUUGGAUAUAUGGGAAUAUGACACUAAUGUGAUUCUUCAUAAAACUAAGGAGGAUAUUAUUAAAGAUAUAAACACCACAAAAAUUAGUCCCACAUUGGGUCAUCCACUAAAUUUUACAGAAUUAUUGGGUGGUAUAACAAGAGAUAAAGAGGGUAAAAUCAUCUCAGCCACAGCAGUAAGAACACAAUGGGCAGUUAAUGUAAACUUUUCAAAAGUGGAUAUGAAUAAUUUUGGCAACGAUGUUGGAACAGCUGAUUGGGCAACAGAUGAUGUAUUACAGUGGGAGCUAUCCUAUUUGGAUAUAUUGCACGAAAAUGCAAGGAUUUUAAAUGACAAAAAAAAUGUAAAUAAUACAUUAGCUAUCUGGUAUGAUGCUGGUAGAAGCUUUGGUGAUGUUACAUUUGUAACAAUGUUCGGAAAUAUUGGUAUAUUAUCAAUAGGAUUCAUUUUAAUGUUUUUCUACGUUCUAGUCAUAUUCUCGGAUUACAAUUGGGUGGGAUGGAGAGUUUAUCUCACAAUUGGCGGCCUUUUGUGUGUGGGUGGUGCUUUUAUAGCUUCAAUCAGUGUGUGCUCUGCUCUUGGGAUUUCGUAUGGACCUGUGCAUACUUCUUUACCUUUUAUGUUGUUGGCUCUUGGAAUAGACGAUAAUUUUUUAAUAAUGGCAUCUUGGAAAGAAAUACAUACAUACAAGUUGAAUCAAAAUAAGCCAUUAGAAGAAAGAAUAGCUUUAAUGUUAGGACAUGCAGGCUCGGCUAUUAUUAUUACUUCUCUUACUGACGUUGUUGCCUUUAUUAUUGGUGCAUCCACAAUAUUGCCAUCCCUUCAAUCAUUCUGUAUUUACGCGGCGGUUGGAGUGCUACUGACGUUUUUAUUUCAAGUCACGUUUUACGUUGCCUUCUUUACCGUCGAUGCCCGACGAAUCGAGAAUAAAAGAAAUUCGAUACUACCUUGCAUCGUUCAUGAAAACUUUGUACAGAAAUUCACUAGUCCGCAAGAAGAACCUGCCGCAAAGUUGAUAAAUAAAUUAUAUUCAAAUAUAAUUCUGACAAAACCCGGAAAGAUAAUGAUAGUAUUAAUAACAAUAGUUACAGUAUCGGCUGGAAUUAUGGGUACAUUAAAAUUGGAACAAUGGUUUGACCCAGGCUGGUUUAUACCAAGCCAUUCGUAUUUAAGUAAAUAUAUUGACGUACGACGCACUCAAUAUCCCGAACAUGGUUACGAAGCAAUGAUUCUUAUGGGAGAUUUCAAUUAUACCGCCGAGUUUCCAAAGCUAAUAAAUUUGGCUGAGAAAUUUGGAAAUUUAUCAACGAUACAAAGUAUAAAUUCUUGGCCCAGUGAUUUUGCCAAAUUUGUCUUGGAAUAUUUUCAAAAAGAUUUAAGAUAUGAAAUACUAGAAGACGUGGAAUUCCGAAAAUAUCUGUCCAAGUUCUUAUUUAGUCGAAAUGGAGGCAAAUAUCAACGGAACUUCCGUUUUGAAAAAAGCUUAACGUGCGGUGAAAGUACUGCACCGAUUUUAGUAGCUACUAUAGAUCUUACCUUUAAACGAUUUUAUGGUCCUCAUCAAUGGAUCCCAGCAAUGGAUGAAAGUAAGCAGGUGGCACAUGAUGCUGGAGUCAAUGGUUUCGUCACAGUCUGGAGCGAAGUAUUCAGCUUGUGGGUCACCGACAAACUAAUCGCUCAAGAAGUUCAGCGUAAUGUUUUCUUGGCUUUGAUUUGUGUCAUGGGAAUGACAGGGUUACUGAUCGCUGAGCUGCAGACAUGUUUCUGGAUCUUUUUAUGCGUACUUCUUACACUUUUGAAUGUUUGCGGAUUCAUGUACUUUUGGGGCUUGACAAUAGAUAUUGCAUCUUGCAUUGGUUUGGAAUUGGGCAUUGGAUUAUGUGUGGAUUACGCUGCUCACGUUGCACACGCAUUUAUAAAUGCUGCGAGUGUAAGCGAAAAUGAAGAUCGUACAAAAAGAGCACAUAUCGCGGUGAGGUACAUUGGUGCAGCGGUUGCAUACGGUGCUGGCUCGACGUUACUUGCACUUUCCAUGAUGGUAUUCUCGGACAGUUAUGUGUUCCAUGCGUUUUUAAAGAUUUUUGUUUUGGUAAUAUUGUUUGGUCUCUGGCACGGAUUAUUUCUUCUGCCAGUUAUAUUAAGCACUAUUGGGCCAGGAAGUCUACGAUCACAUAGAGAACCAGAAUCUCCAGAGAAGGUGGAGGAUACAGGCGACACCGUUACUAGUCCCCUAAAUAAAGCGACGGAGAGUUAAACAGAACGCCUAAGAUGAUUCUUUAUCAAUAAUAUUUAUUUUUGGUUCAAUAAACAUACAAAAUUAUUACACUAUCCGUACUAUUAAUCACACAUUUAUACAAAAAUAAUAAUAAUAAAGAUCGGAUAACUUAAAAA